UUUCGAAAACUCUAUAUAUAAAACCCUAAUUUCCUCUUCACCGCCUCCCAGCAAACCCUAGACGGCUCCUCCGCUUCUCCUUCGACAGGGUUUAAAAGGGUUUGAGGCAGUAGCAAUCAAUGGCUCCAAAAGUUGAGAAGAAAGCAGAUCCGAAGGCACAGGCCUUGAAGGCUGCGAAAGCAGUGAAAUCUGGGGCCACUUUUAAGAAGAAAGCCAAGAAGAUCCGAACAAAGGUUACGUUCCACAGGCCAAAGACCUUGAAGAAAGAUAGGAACCCUAAGUAUCCACGCAUUAGUGCUCCACCAAGGAACAAGCUUGAUCAUUAUCAGAUUCUCAAGUUUCCCCUCACAACUGAGUCAGCAAUGAAGAAGAUUGAAGACAACAACACUUUGGUUUUCAUUGUUGACAUCCGUGCAGACAAGAAGAAGAUAAAGGAUGCCAUCAAGAAGAUGUAUGAUAUUCAGGCCAAGAAAGUGAACACCUUGAUCAGGCCUGAUGGUACAAAGAAGGCGUAUGUUAGGUUGACACCUGAUUACGAUGCCUUGGAUGUGGCAAACAAAAUUGGAAUUAUCUAAGCUAGUUGGUGGCUAUCUUGUUUUGUUGCAAAGAGAAAGACGGUUAUUUUGAGGCUUCGAGCAGGAAGCUUUAAUUUUAGCUUUUAAAGUUAGUAAUUUUGCGAUAUUGCCAGUUAAUCUUCUGUGGUUUAACUUGAGACAAGGUGAUUUUUUAUUUACUUGUGCUGACAUUUCUUUCAAAUGGUUCAGUGCUCGAACGUAAGCUACUGCUUCCAAUAUAAAUCUCCUCGAGAGCUGCUGAUUAAUGUGCCCUUUUAUACUUAUUGUAAAAUUUAUUCCCCUAGCAGUAAUUUAUUCAAAA